AUGUUGCGCUUUCUUGCUGACACUACCCAAGAGCCCGUUGAAGAAUUGCCAAGUAACCCCAGACCCAAACUGACCGACACUACACCGAAGAUAUCCCAGAUAUCGGCCUGGAUAUUCGAAUUGAAUGUGUUUAUGGAACCGGCUGUAAAAUCAGAUCAGAUAACACUUUUGGUCUUCCAAUCUCUUCCCGGCGCGAAUGACGCAACAGUUGGUAAUGCAGUCCUUUCGCCUAAUGACCCCAACUUUGUGCCAGGCUGGCAGACUCUGAGACUGAAUAUUGUUGGUCGAGGCACACACGAAGGAUAUAUAACACUUCUUGGUAUGGCUUCUGAAUCAUCAACUGUAUUGGUGGACUCGUUUAGAUACAUCGCACCAAAGUAUGAUGAAGAUUUGUGUAUAAUUUAUCCAGAUAAAAAGGCUACUACUGAAAUGCCUGCCGAAAUAACUACGAUACCAGUUACAGUAGAAAAAUCAACUGCAACAGCAAAACCAAGUACAAUUACAAUUCCUACGGUCACAACUGAGAAACAAAGUACACCUACGAUACCAACAAUACCUGAAACAAGUACAACUGAAAUACUGACUACUAUACCUGAGGAACCAAGUACAAUUACGAUACCCACAAUACCUGAAGCAAGUACAACUGAAAUACCAACUACUAUACCUGCGGAACCAAGUACAAUAACGAUACCAACUAUACCUGAAACGAGUACAACUGAAAUACCGACUACCAUACCUGAGGAACCAAGUACAAUUACGAUACCAACUAUACCUGAAAUAAGUACAACUGAAAUACCAACUACUAUACCUGGGGAACCAAGUACAAUUAGUUUACCGACAAUACCUGAAACAAGUACAACUGAAAUACCAACUACAAUACCGGGGAAACCAAGUACAAUAACGAUACCAACAAUACCUGAAACAAGUACAACUGAAAUACCAACUACAAUACCUGAGGAACCAAGUACAAUAACGAUACCAACAAUACCUGAAACAAGUACAACUGAAAUACCAACUACUAUACCUGCGGAACCAAGUACAAUAACGAUACCAACAAUACCUGAAACAAGUACAACUGAAAUACCAACUACUAUACCUGCGGAACCAAGUACAAUAACGAUACCAACUAUACCUGAAACAAGUACAACUGAAAUACCAACAACUAUACCUGGGAAACCAAGUACAAUUACUAUACCAACUAUACCUGAAACAAGUACAAGUGAAUUACCAACUACUUUACCUGGGAAACCAAGUACAAUAACGAUACCAACAAUACCUGAAACGACUACAAGAGUUACAUCACCAAGUUCAACUACUGUUACAACAAGCCCUUCUACCCAGAAACCACGCCUCUUUGUAUCUAUUUUGCUUAUAAAAAUUAAGAAAUUCUUUAGAUAG